ACGCCAAUUUGACAAACGUCAGUAAGUGUCACCGGCUUGGUGUAUUUCAUAGCGUUUCGCAAUAUUUUUUGAGCAUUUCUGCUCGUGUAAGAAUGAAAACGUCCGCAUAAACAGAUUUUACAAAAACAAAGUGUAAUUUGGAACAAGACAAAAACCUGACAAUGGCUCUGGCACUUAAGAGGCACGCUUCAGAACCAACUCAAACGCUACAGAUAGCCGCAAAUCGACCAUUUAAAAAACUUCGAAUAUCCACCAAAAGAUCAACAUCAUCGUCAACAGUCGAACCAUUCUCCACUCUCCUCGAAAAUGCCACCAACAGCAACGAAGCACUGCAAAUUCUUAUCCGUAUCUCUGAAUCCCUUAAAUACGACGAACACGAUCAUUCUGAUGUGCUCAAAAAAAUAAUCGAGCAUUUCCGAAAGGAGCAAGAAUCUGCAGUUCGUGUGAAGAUCCUUUCUCUCUUCAGCGAGUUCGCAAUAGAUGGAAAGGUUGAGGGAUCAGUACUCAUCGAUGAAAUGCUGCUACUCCUGAAAAAUGAAGUUUCAAUGAAAGUCGUAUCCCAGGCGUUGUACAGCAUGUAUAAGAUCGGAUUAUCGCAACAGUUGCCCACAACACAUGUCGCUAAAAUGGUGUUCUAUGCACAAAACCAACUGACCUCUUACAGUCAUAACGUGCAACGACAUUCUUUACUACUCCUUGGAGCUUAUGCUAGUUUGACCGAAGCAGAAAAGGAGACUAUGAGCUUAGUUGGAAAGUAUACGGAUUCUCAAGAUUCCCGUGUUCGAGCACAAGCUUUUCGUUCUAUCCUGACCCUUGGAAGCCGUGGAGUUCCAUUACUCCCCGUUUUGUUCAGCCGAGCUUCAGCUGCUCUGAAUGAUGAUUACGAGUGCGUGCGAAAAGAAGCUCUGCAACUGGUAUCCGAACUGGGAAUAAAGCAUCCUGACUACAUGACGACAGUCUCCGAUGCCGACACUGAAAUCCGGCUAAUCGAUGCCGCAUUUGGGAAAGUAUGUUCCGCAUUGUGUGACUUAUCUAUGCAAGUCCGUACUCAAGCGGCUGAGCUUCUUGGCGGGAUGUCCCAAGUAGGCGAUGAGUUCUUGCAUCAAACUUUAGAUAAGAAACUGAUGAGUAACUUGAGGCGCAAAAAAAGCUUGCAUGAGCGUUCAUCUGAACAUUUUGCAAGUGGCGAAUGGUCCACCGGAAAGAAGUGGGCAGAUGACGCUCCGAAAGAACAACUUGAAUCCAAUUCAGUUUCAUUGAUCGCAUCCGGAGCCUGUGGAGCUCUAGUCCAUGGUCUCGAAGAUGAAUUUCUCGAAGUACGAACAGCUUCCGUGGACUCAAUGUGUCGCCUUGCCCUUUAUAAUCCCGCAUUUGCCGUAACAUCGCUUGAUUUUCUUGUCGACAUGUUCAAUGAUGAAAUCGAAAGUGUUCGUCUGAAGGCUAUCUACAGUCUAACAGCAAUUUCAAAGCAUAUCGUCUUGCGUGAGGAUCAAUUGGAAAUCAUGUUGAGUUCACUAGAGGAUUAUUCAGUUGAAGUUCGUGAAGGUUUGCAUUUGAUGCUAGGCGCCUGUAAGGUUUCCACACAAAAUUGCUUGACGCUGGUGGUACAAAAAGUGUUAGAUGUUCUGUCGAAGUAUCCACAGGAUAAGUUUUCAGCGUAUGGAUGUAUGCAGCGUGUUGGGCAGAAACAUCCGGAAUUGUGUAUGUCUUUGACACCGCAGCUUUUACAGGAUCAUCCGUUUUUUGAUAGUGCAGAGAAAGAUGUUGAAGAUCCGUCGUAUAUCUGCAUUCUGAUAAUGCUUUUCAACGCUGCAGAGCAUAUGACACCAAUGAUAAGCCUGUUCCCAGAGACAACAAUAAAACAUUACGCCUACCUACGUGAUACAAUGCCAAAUUUAGUUCCACAUUUACCAGUCGGCGGAAACUCACGCCCGCUAACAUUAACCGGGUCGACAGGAUCUCGACAGUUUUUAGAAACAAUCUUAAACAAUAUUCAGGCUGCAUAUUCAGCACCAAAAGCGCGAUACGCCCUCCUAAAAGCGGCACAAGAUAAUUUGGAUCGUUUAGCAGAGAUCGAUCCUAUCAUGUCAGGAACGGCGAAUUUCACUGUAACAUAUUUAGGUGCUCAGCUAUUGAUCGAGCAAUUGCAAUCGGGAAUUUCGCAACAACAUGCUCGCUCGCCAUCGAAGGAGUCACUGAAUCAAUUGAUGAAAAAGUGUUUGAAGUUACAAAAUAUAUUCUCAGGUCUUACUUUAGACGACUUGCUCUUGGUGAAACAAAUCAGUUUACGUGCCAGUGCUUUGCAUUUGGUUUUUGUCGUGAAAGAUCGAUCUCAAAGUGCCUUGGGACCAUGUCAGCUGCUCCUGCACAUCGCAUCUGAUAUAAGUAAUUUCCUCCAUGUGAAUGCAAACAUGAAACCAGAUGCGUUCACAACUUCUCUGCUGACCCAGCUAAUCAAUUUAAGUGAUCCAAAACCAGGACGUGUAUUUCGUGAAAUACUUCCAAUCGUUCAAAAUGCAUCGCCAAUUAUAACACCUCAAAUAAACGUGAAUAUCAAAAUGUGUACAGCACGAAUUCUCGAUCCCAGCCCCAAUGUGUCCAUGGAUAAUGUACUGAAAGUUACAGCUGGGCUAAUAGCAGCGCUACCAUUCUUUGCUGAAAUUGAAAGCUUACAAGAAUCACAACGACAGGAUCUUCGUUUGAAAAUCAAAUAUCCAGAUCAAAACGUUCAUACUGUGGUGCCGCGUAUAAGAGAUUUGAAGAGAAUUAUGACGGAGGAUGGAGAAGAAGAAACUAACUGGCGGCUAAGGACAACAGUUCUAUUAUCACAUACAGUAUGGACAGAAGCAUCGCACGUGGAAAUAACAUUAUGUCUAUCAGUGAGACCUGGUACUGAACUAGAAUUAUGCAAACCGGCAAAAAUAUUGUUUGCCCCGAAACCUGUUAAAAGAGGAAUAUAGAAUAUUUUUUUAAAGAUA